AUGGUAGGCACAAAAGGAAAAGCUUAUAGUCUUAUUGAAGUAAGUGAAUCACGCGCUUAUCGUAAAGCAUUGAAAGAAUUUGAUAGUGAAGUUCCUCGAAAGGACUAUUUAUUAAAGAUUCACAUUGAAAUAUUUAUAGAUAGUAUUAAUACUAAAGAUCUAAAAAAUUAUGAUAUUGAUUUUCGUGAAACACAUUGUAUUGAACAUAAUGAUUCAAUAACAGCAUUCACAAUAUAUGCUCUAUCAAGUGGACCAAUCUUUACUUUUAUUUUAAAUAUUUUACAAGGUUAUCAUUUUUCCGGUAAUAAUUUAGAAGAAUCAACAACAAUUGUUUUAGUUUAUCAUCGUCUUAUUGAAAUAUUCAAAUUUGCUUAUACUAAAUGUAGUGAAUUUACUGAUCCACUAACAACAGAUAUUAUAGAAGUUCGUUGA